CGGUGACGUCAAAAAAAAGGGGGGGCGGGGAAAUCGAGGACUGGCGAGCCGGCCUGCCGAGGAGAAGAAGGCCCGGAGCUGGCGAGGCGGGACGGCGGCGCUUCCCUCCGCGGUUGCCGCCCACAGACGAAUCCGGGACGGCGAGCAUGGCCGGCGGGGCUUAUCCCAAGGCUCUCCGAUUGCUAAGCCGCUGCGAACAAGAAGUCUUUGGAGACUGAGCUACCCUAAGUGCAGAAGGAGCAGGGACGGAGGACUUGGUGCCAAUGCAGCAGCAAAGAAGACAACCAGAGUUAGUGGAAGGGAAACUUCCCGUCUUCGUCUUUCCUACCGAACUCAUAUUUUACGCCGAUGACCAGGCGACGCACAAGCAGGUGUUGACUCUCUACAACCCCUAUGAGUUUGCCUUAAAAUUCAAAGUUCUAUGUACAACCCCGAAUAAAUAUGUCGUGGUGGAUGCGUCUGGUGCGGUGAAGCCUCAGUGCUGCAUUGACAUAGUGAUUCGCCACCGAGAUGUCCGGCCUUGCCAUUAUGGAGUGAUCGAUAAGUUUCGGCUCCAAGUCUCCGAGCAAAGCCAGAGGAAAGCCCUGGGAAGGAAGGAAGUGAUCGCGACUCUGCUCCCCACCGCGAAAGAGCAGCAGCAGAAGGAAGAGGAAGAGAAGAGGCUGAAGGAGCACCUGGCCGAAAGUGUCUUUCUGGAGCAAGCUCUGUGCCAGCCGGAAAAUAGAAUUGUCUCAUCGGGGCCAAGUUUACUCACCGUCUUUGUGGGAAUCCUGUGCAUUGCUGCUCUUAUGCUUCCCACAUUGGGAGAAUUGGAUUCCCUGGUGCCUCUCUACCUCCACUUGAGCGUGAAUCAGAAGUUAGUAGCUGCUUAUGUAUUAGGUCUCAUCACCAUGGUUAUCCUCAGAACAUGAGUGAUGUUUUAAUGGGAUGCGGAAAGUCUUUUUUUUUUUAAAGAAGGUGUUACAAAUUCACGUCAUGAAUGUGAAUUCCCUUUGACUCCCAUUGGGCUCAUGGAGAUGCUGGGGAAAAUCCUAUUCAGUGAUUUACAGUAUGGUGUGUUUUUUUUUUU